GGGGCCUUAUAUCCUGACCCCACCGCCGACCCGGGCUCCCCCUCCUUUGACCAUGCAGCUCUGUCCUCGGAGAUACGGAGAGCUCACGGGACCUGUCCCCUUGCGCUAGUGAGCCCUGGCACGCAAGUCCAAGAAUGUGAGAGAUGGGGAGGUCAGGAGUGGUGUGGGGUCCCAGCCUGAGAGAUAUACCCAUCCGGUCCCUGGGAGGAACUGAGACUCAAGAGAAAGGAGCCCCGCCUUCUUUGGCCAAGAUGCCUUUGGAACUCUCUGCAAAGAGCAACCGCUCCGAGGAUGGAAGCGAGUCCUUCCUGGAGGGAAUGAUGGAUUGGGAGCUGAGCAGGUUGCAGCGACAGUGCAAGGUGAUGGAAGGGGAAAGGCGGACCUACAGCAAGGAAGUCCACCAGCGCAUCAACAAGCAACUCGAGGAGAUCCAGCGCCUGGAGCAGGUGCGGGCCAAGCUCCAGAUGCAGAUCAGCGUGGCCCAGAGCCAAGUCAAGAGGCUGCGGGACAAUGAGCGGCUGGAGAGCAUGGACCACCUGCUUAAGUGCAAGGCGCGGGCUCAGGCCAAGGUGGAGGAGCUGCAGGAGCAGAUGAAGGCCCUGGACAAGCAGAUCGAUGAGUGGGAGACCCGCAUCUUCACCCAGGACAAGAGCGCCAGGGCUCCCGGCUUCAUCCAGAAAGAGAAGGCCAAGGUCCAGCGAAGGAUCAAGAUCCUGGAAGACCAGUUGAACAGGGUCACCUGUCACUUUGACAUCCAGCUGGUGCGGAAUGCGGCCCUGCGGGAGGAACUGGACCUGCUGCGCAUUGAAAGGCGCCGCCAUCUGAACGUAGACCGCAAGAUGAAGAAGGAGAUCCACCACCUGCGGCACAUGGUCAGCUCGCUCAUCGUCUCCUCCACCUCCGCCUACACCGUCAGGGAGGAGGCAAAGACCAAAAUGGGCGUGCUUCGGGAGCGGACAGAGAAGGAGGUGGCCCAGAACGACACGGAGGCGCAGAUCUUGCAGCGGCAGAUAUCACACUUGGACCAGCUGCACCGUUUCCUCAAGCUCAAGAACAACGACCGCGGGGAUCUCACUGCGGAGAAGCCUGGGGAGGCGGCUGAAGGACUCCGAAAGAGCUCCCAGGAGAAGCUGGUGAUGCGCUAUGAGGACACCAUGAGUAAGCUGUCCCAGCUGACCGGCGAGAGCAACCCGGAUCUGUUGGUACAGAAGUACCUGGACAUUGAGGAACGCAACUUCGCGGAGUUUAACUUCAUCAAUGAGCAGAACUGGGAACUGCAGCAUCUUCUAGAAGAGAUCAAAGAGAUGCAGGAGGCCUUGGUGAACGAGCGCGCCAGCGGGAGCACCAAGCAGGAGCAGGAGGCGCAGCGGCAGGCCGCCUUGCAGCAGCACCUGGAUAAGGCGCGCUCUGAGUCGGAUCAGCUUGAGGCCCGCUUGAAGGACUUUCGAGGUCAAGUGGAAACGCUCAAGGCCGAUAUCCAGCUGCUCUUCACCAAGGCUAACUGUGACAGCAGCGUCAUCGAGGACCUCCUCGGUGUCAAGACCCACAUGCGGGAUCGGGACAUGAGCCUCUUCCUGAGCCUCAUUGAGAAGCGACUGGUGUACCUUUUGACAUUGCAGGCCUUUCUAGAAGUCCAGAACCAAGCCCCCUUGACGGACACUGCCCUCCUGCUGCUGGGCCAGAGCUAUGAGGAUCCUCCCAAGAAGAUGGCCCCUCUGCAGCCACCUGACAGCAUAGAGGAUCCCCCCGGUUUUGUGGCCAAAGACGACCAUCCCAUGAGCAGGGAGGAGCUGCUGAGCCAAGUGAUGCAGGCGGUGGAGGUCCAGGAGCUGGCCCAGGAGCAGCGCCAGAAGGAGCUGGCGGAAGCAGUGGGGAAGAUUGACAGCACCCCGGCCGGGGCCUUCUCAAGCACCAGAGUGGCCAGUGCGGGGCCCUCCCUGGGGACCACCAGCAGGAUCCCUGGGAUUCCUGGGUCCAUCCUGAGCCACAGAGCCAGCAAGGAUCAGGGCACAGGCUCCAUCAGCCGUGUCACUUUUGGCAUCCCCAGUUCCAGUGAAGGCCAGCUGUCCAGGGGUCACCACUCCAGUACGGGCCAGACCACCUUUGGCCCCAUGAGCGCCAGUGGGGUCCCAGGUUCCAGUUGGACCUCGAGCGCCGGCCGUGUGACCUUCAGACCCAUUAGUUCGGGCAGCAACCUGGUGUCUACUGGCUAUGUGGAUUCCAGCAGAGGCCAGGAGAGCUCUGCAGGUGGCAUGGCGAGCAGAGGCGUGGGGUCAGAAUCAAGCGGGGGCCCCAGCUCCAGCAGAGGGGCCCCCUCCAGCACCAGGCCUGCCUCCUCCAGCAGCAAGGACUCCCGCUGCUUCUAGGGCGUCCAGCCCUGCCCUGCCCUGCGCCCUGCAGGUUCCCCGUCUCUGCCUCCCUCUUUGCCCUGGGAGUCUCCAUCUCUCAGCGUGGGCCUUGUCUCUCUGCCCCUCCAUCUCUUUCCUCCUGCCCGUCGUGGCUCAGCCCUAAGCGCUCAUUUCCCCCACUCCUGCCUCCUCUCCCUCUCCCGCUCACUCCUCCUCUCCGUCUCCCAGGCUCUCCUGGCACCUCACAUCCUCAUCUUCACAGCUCCUCGUUCCUCACUCCCUAAGAGCCUCCCCCAUACUGACCAGAUGAGCUGUGACCCCAGGAAAUAAAGGUCUGGAGUUCAACUCUUA